UUCCCUUUUUUAUUUUUUUAUAAAAUGAGAAAAAGAUCCAAUCGUAAUUUAUUUCCUCUGGCUUCUAAGUCGAGAAAGAAAAGAUCUAUUUCUUUUGACCCUGGAACCACCUCAUACAAUACCAGUGCAAGAUUGCCAUCGCUUAGAGCAAGAGCCAUUAACAACCCAAGCCAAUUUAAUGAUGUUUCAAUAGAUGAUUUUUUGGAUUCAGAAGCCUCUAUUGAUACAACUUCAUCUAGUCUUGUUAAUUCAACUGAUUUAUCCAGUGAAUCUGUUUAUAAUUUUGUCGAUAACUCUUUGAAUUCGAGCAAUCAUCUCCAUAUAAAUUCACUACCAAGCUCCCCUCCACACUCGAAUGUUGGUCGUGAUUAUCAUGACUCUCUGGAAAAUAAUAACAUUGAUUUCACUGAUGAAGAUAACGAUGACGAUGACGAUGACAAUGAUAAUGAUAAUGAUAAUGAUAACAAUUUUACUUUUAAUCCAGAUGAAACAAUAACUAGUCUACCUGUCCCCAAUUUAAAUCGUUUUUCUAUUCAUAAUUUUGAUCACAAUGAUGAUACUACCAAUGCUGAAAACAGCCAUAAGAAUAAACUGGAUUUACUUAUUAGUUGCAACUCAGAUGUUACCUGUUUUGAUAUAGAUUUAGACAAGUAUGGUAGAAUUCAACCAAAUUAUAUAAAUUAUAGUGAUUCAAAUUCCCCAGAUCAAGAUAGUGAAUUUGAGUUUGAUUUUCAUUUUCAUUCUAAGAGCAUAAACAAUAAUAAUAACAAUAAUAACAAUAAUAACAAUAACAACAAUAACAACAAUAUAAAUGCUGAAUAUUUUAUUGACAAUAAUAGCAAUACACUAAACUCAAAAAUAUCAAAAAUUGAUAUCAAUAACAAUAACCAAAGAUUAAUUCAUCAGCUAAUCAAACAAAAGAUAUCCGACGCAUUUAAUGAUGAUUCCAUCGAAUUUCAAAAUAACCAGUCUUUAAAUUUUGAUAGUCUAAAUCUAAUUUCUAUUCCAAACGCUAUCAGCGAUAUAAAAGAUCUAGUCUUAUUCGAUAAAGAAACUAAAAAAAUCAAAUCCCCAAAUUUCCAACUAUAUUUUUAUCAUAAUAAAUUAAUUAACAUCAAUCCUAGAUUAUUCGAUAUUCCAAAUAUCCAGGUCUUAAGUUUCAGAGAUAAUAAACUAUCUUCAAUUCCUGGUCUGAUACUAAAUUGCUCAAACUAUCUAAGAUCACUUAAUUUAUCUCUCAAUAAAUUCAAAUAUUUGCCAUGGCAAAUACUUUACUUAAAUAAUCUUGGAACUUUAUGUAUUCGACCAAAUUCAAAACUAUUGGAGUUUUCAAAUUUCCAAAAAAUCUAUCCCUUUAAAAAUUUCAGAAUCAUAACAAUUUCCACAAUCAAUUCUUUUGCAUAUUUGAGAUUUGCUUCAGAAAUUAUCUUUGAUGAUAAAAACUUGCAAAAUAAAAUUGAUAAUAUAAGAAUUAACAUAUCAAAAACAAUAAAUUUAUUGAAAAACUCAUACAAUAAUCAUGAAAACGAUAAUAAACAUAAUCAUUCAAAAAAAAGCAAAGAUCCCCCCUCAAUCAAAGAACUAAAAUAUGAAUUAUAUCUCAAAAACAAGCAGCAAAGACUUAAAAUCCAAAAAAUUAUUGAAGCUUCAACCCCAAUUCUUCCAAAACUAUCAGAAUUGUGUUUACGACAACUAGCCACUUAUAAGUUGUCAAAGUCAGAAUCAAGUUAUUGGGCAAAAAAUUUAAGCAAAUCCCAUUUAGAAUUAGUGUCUAAAGCAUUAAUCAAUGGUUCAAAUAAUGAAUUAUGUUUUACCUGCAAAAAAUAUAUUAUAAGACCAAUUGGCACAGUAAUUGAAUGGUGGGAUAUUCUAGGCAAUAAAUUGGUUCCGAUCAAGAAAAAAUUUUGUUGUAGAAGUUGUAUUCUAAAAUACGAAGCAACGAUUUCUUUAAAUUGUUCAACUGAUGAUGAUAUUGAUUAUUUAUCAAAAUUUGAAAAUCAGUUUAAAAAGGAUAUUGAAAUCACUGAAAAUGACAAUAAUUUUGGUUCAAAUGAUUGGAAUGAAAAUCAAUAUGACGGCUCCAAUCAAAAUAAUGAUUCUAUUAGAUUUAAUGAAAAUUUUUAAUACUUAACUGACAAUUCUUUUUGUUUUAAAAUCAUGUACUAAUGAAAUCUCAACGCUCCUUUAAUUUAUUUUUUAUUUUUUAAUUUUGCAAACAUUCCCUGAUAUUUUUCGUCCCAACAUAUUCAUUCAUUUAUUUUUUUUUUAUCUUUUUUCAGUUUAGCAUUUUUUGUUCAUUUCCACUUUUUAUUCAUUAUCACUUUUUUUUA